AUGGCGAAGAAAUAUCUUGGAGGGUCUGGUGAUAAACUCACUAUAUGGAUAUCUAUAGCUGCAUCUACAGUCCUCAUAUUCUACGGUUAUGACCAGGGGGUGUUCGGCAACGUCCUUAUUGGGGAGGACUUCCUACAAACAAUGGGUUAUCCAUCCACAAACCUACAAGGGACCAUGACAUCUGUUUACAAUAUUGGAUGUUUCGUUGGUGCCAUGUCAACUGUAUGGACCGGAGACUAUUUUGGCAGACCCCGGCAGAUAAUAGUUGGCAGCACUAUCAUUGCUAUCGGUGGUAUCAUCCAAGCUUCUGCCUAUGGUGUGCCUCAGAUGAUGGUUGGAAGAGUGGUGGCCGGUCUAGGUACUGGAAUGAACACCUCGACGGCUGGGGUAUGGCAGUCUGAGACUAGUAAAAUGAACAGCAGGGGGAAGCUUGUUAUUAUUCAAAUGGCAAACUGUAUAAUGGGAUUUUCUGCUUCUAACUGGUUAACGCUUGGUUUCUCUUUUGCUAAAGGGAGCGUUGCAUGGAGAUUUCCCUUAGCAUUUCAGGUGUUUUUUACUCUUUGCAUAUACGCCAUGUGCCCUUUUCUACCAGACUCUCCCCGUCUACUCAUCCGCAAGGGGCAGUACGGCGAGGCACUAGAGGUGCUAGCUGCACUGGAAGGUAACGGAGCAACGUCAACUUCUCAUUCUGUCAAAACCCAAUUCAACGUCAUCAAAGAUGUGCUAGAUCGGGAGAAUCUGAACUCUUAUACAUGGUUUAAACUGCUUAUGGGAAAAGGCGAGUCUUCCAGAGUUCCCUCGGGAUAUACCUAG